AUAAAUAAAAAGAACUUAAGAAACCCACCUAGUCCAAAAUCACCCUGGUUUUUGUUUCCUUCGAAUUUCCCUUUUCAAUGGCUGCUACGGCGGCGAGUUCUUCGACUCCGGCCGAGAAUGACAAGCCCGUAAUUGUCAGGGUUAAAAGGAAAGCUUCUCAGUCGCGGAUCGAUGCUUUCUGGCUCGAAAUUAAUGAAAGGCCUUUAAAGCGGCCAUUGCUCGACUUUGAAAAGCUCUCAAUCUCCGAUUCUUCUACUAAAGUUGAGGAACUGAAGAGUAGAAAGGUCUUUGUGCGACAUGUGGAGACUGUGACGACUUCGGAGGUCACUGUCGAUAUUCUGCAAACACUUGUGUCUAAUCCAGCAGAUGAGGUGGAACUUAAAGGUAAAAAUGAAAUCAAGAGGAAGUUUAAGACUGAGAAUAAACAAGAGAAAUUGCUUUCUAAAGCAAAAGAACAGCAAGAGAUUUCAUCAAAAAAUGCUCGUUUUGAGCAAAUAUGGAGAAGCAGAAAGCAGAAGAAUGAGUAUGCAAAUGAUGAUGCUCUACAGGAGAUGUGUCGACUCUACGAUGUUGUUCGUGUUGAUGUUGAGAAAAAGAGCGAAGUUAAUGUAGAUUACUCUGAACUUGAGGACAGCAGGAUGAUGUCUGAAUAUUUGCCUCUCUUAAGAGAAGCCCUACCUAGUGUGGCAGUGGAAAUUGAAGCCGAUAUUUUUGGCUGCAUGGCAAAAGGAGAGUUACCAGAUAAAUAUGUCUAUGACUAUUAUGCUGUUCAGGAUGACAUGGAUAUCACUGAAGAAAAUGCUGCAAGCCCAUUUCCUUUGUUGCAAGUGGAGGAUGAUGAUUGCUAUGAUGGUCCAGAUGAUUCUGAAUAUGAAACUGAUGAUUCUAAUGCUGAAAACAAUCCUUUGAAUGACUAUCCGGAUGAACAGUCCUCAGACGUUGAGGAUGAUGUUGGUAGCAAAUGCUCAGAGGAUGAUUCAGAAAUAGACGGUAGAUCCUCUUGUCAUCAAUCAGAAGAAGCUGAAAGUAUCAGUCAAAAGUCUGUCAAAUCUGGACUAUCGGGACAACAUGAUUGGUCUGAAGAUGAAAUGUAUGAUGACUAUGAUGGUGUCGAAAGUUAUGAUUAUGGUGAUUUUAGUGACCUAGAGGAGUGGAGAUGACCAGAACCUUGGUUUUGGCCUGGUAGGAUUGUGUAUUAGUUACUGUACACAAGAUUGCUUUAUAUAUUUGGCAUCGUGAAUAUUUGCCAAGUUAGUACAUUCUUC